AACAGAGAAAAGUAUAAAGUGAUGAUCACCAUAUACCAAAGGAUUUCAAAACAUAAGUGGUGUAUUGGUUUUCGUUCGUGUAAAACAAUUUUACACACACAAUAGAAUAUAUUCUGUAGUGAAUGUUGUGGUAGUUAUUUUAAGUUAAUUCAUGAGAUUUGGAUUUUGUGAAUAAGAAUAUAUAAAAUAUGUCUUCUAGUCGCUCCAAAUCGUCGAUUCUUGACAAGCCUUUAAGUAAGGGAAAAGGGGAGGUUUCAUUAGCACUUUAUGCACUUUUAUUCUCUGAAAUAGUGCAAUAUUGUCAGAAUCGUUCACAUUCUAUACACGAACUGCAAAACAAGCUAUCAGAUAUAGGACAAGAUGUUGGAACAAGAUUAUUGGAUUUAUAUUUUGUUAGAGAAAGAAACAGUAAGCGAGAAAUAAAACUUCUGAAUAUGCUUUUAUUUGUAAAGUCUACACUAUGGAAGGUAUUGUUUGGUAAAGAAGCAGAUAAACUGGAACAUGCUAAUGAUGAUGAGAGGACUUACUACAUCAUUGAGAAAGAUGCACUGAUCAACAAAUUCAUAAGUGUCCCAAAGGACAAAGGCUCCCUCAACUGUGCCACAUUCAAUGCUGGGAUUAUAGAAGCAGUCCUUACUAAGAGUGGAUUUCCUGCAAAAGUUACAGCUCACUGGCACAAGGGAACUACCUACAUGGUGAAGUUUGAUGACACCGUCAUAACCAGAGACAAGUCACUGGAUGAUCGCUAAUUUAAUUAUAUUUAAUGAUUAUAUUUGUCUAAGCUAUUGUAAUUGUCUCUCAUGUAUAAUGAAUAAGUUAUGUCUGCAAAAUUACUCAUACAAAGUUGCAACCACAGAAUCCAUCUUUAAGUUUUGCUUGUUCUGUAAGCAUUAGGCAACUUAUUUGUGUUGAUUUUCAACUCAUUAUAUCCUUCCUUACUGAAUUAAAUCUAUGCCAUAAAAUAUUUUCAUGUUGGCAAUAUCUAAGGGAAAUCCUUAGUGUUGCCAACAAAUGUCUAAUAUACUUGUUUAAGUACAUAGUUAGUUUCUGUUAAAUUUGACUGAUUUGUUUUGCUGAAUAGUUUUGUAGUCACUGAAAUAAAAGUAUUCUUUUUAAAUGUG